AUGAGGGAUCUAAGAGAGAUACGAGAUCCACUGGUAGUGGGGGGCGUGGUGGGGGAUGUCCUGGACCCUUUCACCCGGUGCAUCUCCCUGAGAGUCUUCUACACCCCGAACCAUCCUGUGGUCUCCGGGGCAGGGUUACGGCCAUCGGGUGUUUCCAGCCGGCCAAGAGCAUGCGUUGGCGGCGAACUCCGGACCUUCUUCACCUUGGUGAGCACCCCACUAUCCUUCGUGCAUCUGACGGGCCACAUUAGGGUAUAGGAUCUGUAGCGAAAAUAUAUAAGCUUACCUCACACGUUAUCGACUGGUCUUUAGUUACAUGGUCCAAUUCUUUCAACAACCGACUCAUACUUGCCGUCUGUACUCUCUCCUAUUUUACUUGAAGGUUCUGGUGGAUCCGGACUCUCCUAGCCCCAGCAAUCGGAUGAAGAGAGAGUACCUGCACUGGUAUUCUCCUCCUCUGCAUCAUCAGCACAGUGUUAGGUACCCUGUUUCGCUAUGCCACUUAAACAAAAUUUCCGUCUCUCCCUGGCUUAGGUUGGUGACGGACAUCCCGGGAUCAACGGCCGCAUCCUUCGGUGAGCAUCGAACUGUUGUUCCUCCGUUCUAUCUUUUACCUCAUUCAGUCUGGUGCCGGGUACAUCUCCCCUCUCGUUGAAAGAAUUGAUGACGAUUGAAGUAGAUUCACAUGUUCUAACCGUGCUUAUUUUAUCGCAAUUAAUUUGGGAUUGUUUGUAUUCUUAUCGAGUAUGUGGAGUAUCCAACUGUGAACGAAGUUGUUACUACAGGGCAGGAGGCGGUCAGUUAUGAGGCGCCGCAGCCGACGGCAGGGAUUCACCGCCUGGUCUUCGUCUUGUUCCGACAGACCGACAGACAGACGGUGCGCGCACCUGCGGAUCGCGAGUACUUCAGCACCCGGGUCUUUGCUCAGCACAACAGCCUCGGCCCGCCAGUUGGCGCCGUCUACUUCAACUGCCAGAGGGAGAACGGAGCGGGAGGGAGGAGGUUCAUGUGA